AUGGCUCGCGGAUUCGGACGCAUUGUAUCAAUCGUACUCCUCAUCUUACCAUCCGUUUCUUCAGAAUACACAAAUUUGUUCUGGCCAAACGCCACAACGCAAACAUGUCCCGGCAUGAAAUACCCAUGCGUCGCGCCCGCUAUAUGCGCUCUCAGCGAACCGAUGAAAGUCUACUACUGCUGCGUGCCAGGAAACAAAGAUGAAGUCUGCCACACAUCGUCUCCAGCCUGUGAUGGCGGCGGGAGUGGCAAACCGUCUGGUGCGCAGAUAUCGUGCUCCAGUGGCUCGAAUGCGUUUUGCUGUUUUAGGGAUUCGCAGAGAUGUACACAAAGCUUCAAUCAAGUAAACGUCUGCUGGGCCACCGAAAAGAACCCCGUCGCCCUCCUCAACGACACGUUAUUGAACGCAACAUACAAAUCGCUUCGAGCUGCAAGGCCAUCUGCGGCUUCGUAUAGCAUUGCUCUGUUGGCGCUUCAAACGAUGACUUCAACCACUGCAACGCCAUCUGCAAGACGCACGCCAGCGUCAGAAAUCCUACCGUCUCCGACAUCCCCAGCGAGAGAUCCUAUCGCCGGCAGUCUGUCGGGAGGAGCUAUAGGCGGCAUUGUUGGUGGAGUAGUUGGAGGAAUUGCCGUGAUCGGGGCAGUUGUCUUUUUCUUGUGGCGGCGCAGGAACAAAUCAAAGGCCGUGAAGGAGUAUCGUUCGUCACCUAUGCAUGAGCGGCCCGAGGGUACGGGGUAUCGACCAGAUGUUGCGGAGAUGCAUAGUACGAGUGUACCACCCACGGAGAAGUAUGCAAGCACUGGUUAUGUGCCGGAAAUGCCGGCGAACGAAAUGCCGGUGGAGAUGAGUGCGGAUUCAGCGCGGUGA